AUGCCUGCUGAGCGCAACAACCGCACUAGAAAUAACAAUGGAAUUUCUAAUCUGGACCCGCGCCGUCGCCCUUUGGCUCCUAGGUAUAACAAUUCUCCAGAGACUGGUCCCCAAAGAGCGUCAACUCCUUACCCUUCCCACCUUCAAACCCUAGAAGAGCGUUUCACGGCUGGAGUAAUAGAAAUGCCAGUUCCCAGACACCCCAUCCUGAGCUUUCCUUCUCAACAAGAAUCUGAUAACUCUUCCUUAGAGUUCCUUGAUGAAGGAGGCUUCCGCUAUCUGUUUCCCCCCUUUCUGCCAAGCGUCACUCAUCAACCUUUCCUUAUCCCUGGUUCCCUGGACUCAUCCAACAGUGACGCCGUGGUCCUGCACCAAUUCCCUGGACCCCUGGAAGUCCCUCAGGAGUCAGAAGCUACUCCCGGAUCUUACCACGUUGCUCCUGCACAGGUUUUCCCAUCGUCAUCACCAAUGAAUAUCUCGUCAUCUCCCAAUCCUGAUAACCCUCUCGCCACGUCCACCGACUCACCCAGUAUGCCCCCUCUCGCCUCAGAUGUCUCUGACAAUGGUAGCAUUGACCAUGCUCCCAACCUUCAGCUACUAGCUGAUGUCAGCGAAUAUAUCACAGCAUCAGAAGGACACAGCAGCGAUCCUCAGGAGUUUGUAGUUUACAGCGACAACAUAAUCCAAAGGCCCUCUAAUGACGAUGUUGAUCCACUGGAACGCGUACUCCCUCACUUUCCUGGAGCCUACGCUACCACAGUCACUCGACCUCCUAUGGGUGUUCUCAUCAAUGGAAAUCCGGCCUUUGGACUACGCCGAAUAUCAACAACCCCAGCCGACGUACUUCGAGUUACUGAACCUGUGGGGAAUUGGAACCAAUCAGACAAAGAGUGGGAGGAGGACACUUAG